UCGGAAGAUUGACCCCUCCUCCCACCCGUAGGCUCCUCCCUUCGUCUUCUCCCUCUCCUGCUUUCAAAGGCCUCUUCCCCGCCCCCUUUUCUAUUUCUGAACAGGCAUGUUUCAGGCAGCUCAGCCGACUCCUUAGAUUGCUAUGGGAUUGGUAGGGUCCUGAGCGUCGAAGAAGCAGGAAGGCACAUCCCACGAAGAGCUGCUGGGACUCACAAGAAGACUCGAGCCCUGCUGGGAUUUUAUUUAUUAUCUGUUUGUUAUUUUUGGUCUUGCUUUUGUGGAGGGAGGGAGGGAGGCUGUGCGGCUCGGUCGAACUUGAGGCAGCGCGAAGGCCCCCUCAGGCGGCGCCGAGGGCAGCCCCGAAGCCGGGGCCUGGCUCAGCCGCCGCCGCCGCUGUCAGGGAAGCGCAGGCGGCCAAUGGAACCCGGGAGCGGCCGCUGCUGCUGAGGCGGCGGUGUCGGCAGCCCGACCCCGACCGCCCGCACCCCCUCCGCGGGGUUCUCCCGGAGCUUGGAAGCUCGAAGUCUGGCUGUGGCCAUGGGAGACAUGGUGGUGGAACCUGCCCCUCUGAAGCCAAUUUCUGAGCCCACUGCUGGCCCACCAGGGAAUAACGGGGGCUCCUUGCUAGGCGUCAUCACGGAGGGGGUUGGGGAACUAUCGGUGAUUGACCGCGAGGUGGCUCAGAAGGCCUGCCAGGAGGUGCUGGAGCAAGUCAAGCUUUUGCGUGGAGGCGUGGCUGUCUCUAGCACAGGCACCCCGCUGGAGCUGGUCAAUGGAGAUAUUUUGGACAGUGCGAUCCGUUGCCUGGAUGAUCCACCUUCCCAGAUAAGGGAGGAAGAAGAUGAAAUGGGGGCCACUGUGGCCUCAGGCACAGCCAAGGGAGCAAGGAAGCGGCGGCAGAACAACUCAGCCAGACAGUCCUGGCUCCUGAGGCUGUUUGAGUCCAAACUGUUCGACAUCUCCAUGGCCAUUUCCUACCUGUACAACUCCAAGGAGCCUGGAGUACAAGCCUACAUUGGCAACCGGCUAUUCUGCUUUCGCAAUGAGGAUGUGGAUUUCUAUCUGCCCCAGUUGCUUAACAUGUACAUCCACAUGGAUGAGGAUGUGGGUGAUGCCAUCAAGCCCUACAUCGUCCACCGUUGCCGCCAAAGCAUUAACUUUUCCCUCCAGUGCGCCCUGCUGCUCGGGGCCUACUCUUCAGACAUGCACAUUUCCACUCAGCGACACUCCCGUGGGACCAAGCUCCGGAAGCUGAUCCUCUCAGAUGAGCUGAAGCCAGCUCACCGGAAGAGGGAGCUGCCCUCUCUGAGCCCAGCACCUGACAUGGGGCUGUCUCCCUCUAAAAGGACUCACCAGCGCUCUAAAUCCGAUGCCACUGCCAGCAUAAGCCUCAGCAGCAACCUGAAACGAACAGCCAGCAACCCCAAAGUGGAGAAUGAGGAUGAGGAGCUCUCCUCCAGCACCGAGAGUAUUGAUAAUUCAUUCAGUUCCCCCGUCAGACUGGCUCCUGAGCGAGAAUUUAUCAAGUCCCUGAUGGCAAUUGGCAAGCGGCUGGCCACGCUCCCCACCAAAGAGCAGAAAACACAGCGGCUGAUCUCAGAGCUCUCCCUGCUCAACCAUAAGCUCCCUGCCCGAGUCUGGCUGCCCACUGCUGGCUUUGACCACCACGUGGUCCGAGUGCCCCACACCCAGGCUGUUGUCCUCAACUCCAAGGACAAGGCUCCCUACCUGAUCUAUGUGGAAGUCCUCGAAUGUGAAAACUUUGACACCACCAACGUCCCCGCCCGGAUACCCGAGAACCGAAUUCGGAGCACACGGUCCGUGGAGAACCUGCCCGAAUGCGGUAUCACCCAUGAGCAGCGGGCAGGCAGCUUCAGCACCGUGCCCAACUAUGACAACGAUGACGAGGCCUGGUCGGUGGAUGACAUCGGCGAGCUGCAGGUGGAGCUCCCUGAAGUGCACACCAACAGCUGUGACAACAUCUCCCAGUUCUCUGUGGACAGCAUCACCAGCCAGGAGAGCAAGGAGCCUGUGUUUAUAGCAGCAGGGGACAUCCGACGGCGGCUCUCGGAGCAGCUGGCUCACACCCCCACAGCCUUCAGACGAGACCCAGAAGACCCUUCUGCAGUUGCUCUCAAAGAGCCCUGGCAGGAGAAAGUAAGGCGGAUCAGAGAAGGCUCCCCCUAUGGCCACCUCCCCAAUUGGCGGCUCCUGUCAGUCAUUGUCAAGUGUGGGGAUGACCUUCGGCAGGAGCUCCUGGCCUUCCAGGUGUUGAAGCAAUUGCAGUCCAUUUGGGAACAGGAGCGAGUGCCCCUGUGGAUCAAGCCAUACAAGAUCCUUGUGAUUUCGGCUGACAGCGGCAUGAUUGAACCAGUGGUCAACGCUGUGUCCAUUCACCAGGUGAAGAAGCAGUCACAGCUCUCCUUGCUCGAUUACUUCCUGCAGGAGCACGGCAGUUAUACCACUGAGGCAUUCCUCAGUGCCCAGCGCAAUUUUGUGCAAAGUUGUGCUGGCUACUGCUUGGUCUGCUACCUGCUACAAGUGAAGGACAGACACAAUGGAAACAUCCUUUUGGAUGCAGAAGGCCACAUCAUCCACAUCGACUUUGGCUUCAUCCUGUCCAGCUCACCCCGAAACCUGGGCUUUGAGACGUCAGCCUUUAAGCUGACCACAGAGUUUGUGGACGUGAUGGGGGGCCUGGAUGGCGACAUGUUCAACUACUACAAGAUGCUGAUGCUGCAGGGGCUGAUUGCUGCUCGAAAGCACAUGGACAAAGUGGUACAGAUCGUCGAGAUCAUGCAGCAAGGUUGUCGCCGUUGCUCAGGAGCGUCCCCGUCUGGCCCCGUGAUGACGGUGGCCCAGAUCAUCUGCUCUCAGCUGCCUUGCUUCCACGGCUCCAGCACCAUCCGCAACCUGAAAGAGCGCUUCCACAUGAGCAUGACCGAGGAGCAGCUUCAGCUGCUGGUGGAGCAGAUGGUGGACGGCAGUAUGCGGUCCAUCACCACCAAGCUCUACGACGGCUUCCAGUACCUCACCAAUGGCAUCAUGUGAACCGGCCAGCAGGGGUGGGGGACCCUCCCGGGAGGAAGCCCUGCCCGCCCAUGGGAACAGGAAGGCAAGAAAUACAGAGGAUCAUGUGGUAACUGUAGAGCUUGCUGGGAGUGGGAGUGCCAGCGGUGGCAGGGCCCAGACCUGCCAGGACCACCCCUCCCGACAAACUGCAGGACUUGAUGCCCUCCCCCUCUGGAGGAGAGGCGACAGAUGGGAGGGACACUGGGGCCUUUCUGCUCCUCACCAGGGUCCACAAGGUUCUUCCCUUAGGCCAUCCUUGCUGUGUUCUGGGCCCCAGGAAGGGGGGAGGGUGGGGACAGUAGGUUCUUGGUACUUAGGACUCCUGUGGUUGGCCUUUGGCUGUGCUGCUGCCUGCCUCUGUCCCAUCCUAGCGGCUGGCUCUGACGUAGGGUCCUGCACGCUUGGUGGUUCCCAGUCCCGGGGUCAAGGGCGGGAAGGACUGGGACCCCUCCUGUGGGUGAGGGGAUCAGUCUAGCCACAGGGGAUUCCUUGGCCUGAUCCCUCCCCCACAUCCAGGGAAAGAACUCUCAACUUUUUAUUUUAAUUUUUGUUUGAAAUAAAGUCCUUAGUUAGCCA